AUGGAAUAUCAAAUCCUAGUGGCAGGAGAAAUAAGUUCUGGAAAAAUUAGCAUCGUUAAUUUAAUCUUAAACGAAUUAGUGCUGCCGAUUGCUUUUUGGUUUAAUGUUGUGGCGAGAACUGUUACCGGUGGUAUUGCAUUUGCUCUAACUGAGAGUUCUAUAGCUGAAGGAGCUCAUGCCCUUGUUACUGGAGGAAUAAUUGAUGGUACUAUAAUAGCUGGCAUCGGAUUUGUUAUUUCCUUAGUUGGCUUAGUUGCAGCAACAGAAUUAGCCAAUGAAGGUAUAGCUAUGAAAAAUUGUGGAGGAUAUAUCAUGCCAAUUCGGCAGUCCAUUGAGAAAAUGCAAAGAUAG